UGCAUAGGUCCCCGCAAGAGCUUGAGAGAAAAGAUUCCAUUUCCAGAAGUAGCACUGCACUAGUACUCUCUUUUGUUUAGAAAAAAAAAAAUGGUUCAACAGGAAGUGCGUAAAGGUCCUUGGACAGAACAGGAAGACUUCAAAUUGGUGUCCUUUGUUGGCUUGUUUGGGGACCGUAGAUGGGACUUUAUAGCUAAGGUAUCAGGUUUGAAUAGAACAGGUAAGAGUUGCAGAUUACGGUGGGUUAAUUACCUACAUCCUGGCCUCAAACGUGGAAAGAUGACCCCCCAGGAAGAACGCCUUGUCUUGGAGCUUCACUCAAAAUGGGGAAAUAGGUGGUCAAGAAUUGCUCGAAAGUUACCAGGGCGCACUGACAAUGAGAUCAAGAACUACUGGAGGACUCUGAUGAGGAAAAAGGCUCAGGACAAAAAGCGAGGAGAAGCUGCAUCAUCAUCAUCAUCUAGUGUUGAUUCCUCAAUAUCCUCAAACAACCAUGCGGUGGAUCCACAUGCUUCCAAGAAAGCAGGAGAAGAGAGCUUUUAUGACACUGGAGGUCAUGGUGUGACAGCCUCAACCCAAGAUCAGGGUCAAAAAGGUGAACAAGGGUUGUUCUCUAUGGAUGAUAUAUGGAAGGAUAUUGACAAUAUGUCAGAAGAGAACAACACUCUUCAGCCAGUUUAUGAAGGGAACAGUGAAGAGGGUUGCAACUUCUCUUGCCCACCACAAGUGCCUUCUCCAUCAUCAUGGGAAUAUUCUUCUGACCCUCUAUGGGUGAUGGAUGAGGAAAGUUUGUUUUGCCCUUUGAGUGAACCAUAUUUUUCCUGCUAUGCACAAGGCAGCGUUUUUUUAACCGGCUAAUAUUAUUCUUUUUUUCCAAAUCAAUAUUUUGUUCAUAGCAUAUCAUGUGUGCCACCUUAUAAUUAAAGUCUAACCUGUAUAGCAUUGCAUCCUUUAAGCUUUUGGAAGGGUUCACCCUAGCUAGUGUGACCCAGCUGUAAUAAUUUCAGGCAUAACUGUAGUCUAUGUUCGUUGUUUCAGUAGUGCUUUUACUUUCGAAAAACAUCCAAUAGGAUAGCGAGUUGGUAUGUUCUGAAUGUAAAAUAUCAAGCACUGGUUUGCAUCUAAGAGUUUUAUUUUUAAUUUUAAUCUGAUCUACACUUCUAUCAA